AUCAAAUCCUGGUGUUAAUUGGGUUUAUAAACUGACCUACUCCCUUCUCUAAUUUUUUUUUCCUUCCUUUUUCAGUUGUAGUGUUGUUCUAAAGUUUUAUCCAUAUCCUUCCUCCUUCCUUCGAUUGAAAUCCAAAUCCCAUUUUCUGUUCACAUAGACUCAGAUCCCUCUUUUAAUUUUGUUGCUGAUCAUGUCAUUAGAGGUGGAUUUGAGAAGGAUUGUGAAACCAGAUGUGGGUCCUACCUGCUCUUUCACAACAACAUCACAAAGUUCUUCAAUCGGACAACCUGAUGAUGAUGUUACUGACGAUGAUGAUGAUCAACAAGAGGUCCAAAGCAGUCUUUCCUCUUUGACUUCUCUUGAAGAUUCUCUACCCAUCAAGAGGAAAGGAUUAUCAAAAUUCUAUACAGGAAAGUCAAAAUCAUAUGGGAAUUUAACCCAAGUGAGAAAUGUGAAGGAAUUAGAGAAAUCAGAUAACCCUUUUAAUAAAAGGAAGAGAACAUUAAUGGCUUAUAAUCUUAUGUUUAAGACUAAUAAUGUGAUUAACAAGAAGAAGAAAUCAGGAACUGGGUUGUUCUAUUCUCAUUAUAAUCACAUCUCCAUGCCUAUUUUACCCCUUUCCGAACUUGGUGAUCAUGAUCAAGAUCAUGAUGAUUAUGAUCAUGAUGGUGGGGUAGUGGAUCAGGAACAGGAACAGGUGAAUUGUUCAGAUACAGAGGAUUACUUCGGUCAAACGUCGUCGUUUCAUCUCCACCAAAUCAAAGAGCAUCGUCCUUAUCAUAAGAGUUUUAUGGAUAAUAAUAAUAAUGUAAAUGUGGUUGCUUGUUCUUCUAGUGUUCUUGUUUCUGACGAAAGGUUUAGGCAUAGAUAGAGAUUAGAGAUUAGAGAUUAGAAAUUAGGGAUUAGUGAUUAAAUUAGUAUUUUACUUAUUGUAAUCAUAAUUUGGGUGUUGAAAUUUGUCAAAUGAUUUUGUAGAAGAUAAAUGUUCCUUGAAUCCAAAUCUAGAUAAUUAAUUAAUUAAUUAAUUAAUUAAGAAUAGAUAAGCAUAUUGAGAAUCAGUUUUUGUAUUAGGUGGAGAGAGUUUGAUUUUCAUCUUUUUUUUUUCUUUUCUUAGCAUAUCUUUAAUAAAUAAGAAAUAGAUAAAUUAAAAAAUAGAUGGAAUAUUUAAUUAGUACUAUAUACAUCUCACACCUAAUAAUAAGAAUUAACAUCUCACACCAAUUGGUUUGUUAGAUUAUAAAAUGGGAAUGGGAAUUGAAUUCCACUUUUAUAAAAAUUGGGGAUUAGGAAUGGGAUUAUAAUCAAUGAAUUCCCAAGGUUUCAUUACCUAGGGCAAGUAAUUGAAGAUGAGAAUUGAACUUGAGAUUAAAAAG